UUCCUCUCCGAGUCCAUUGAUUUUAAAAUCGCUGAUCAGAAACCAGCAGGCGUGCUCUUCAUUUACGGCCUCGCCACAGAGGAGGCGUCGCUCGGAAACAGACUCAAAGUCAGUUUUAGUGGCGAAUCACUGGUCGUUUGUUAUUCCUGGUCACGAGACGUGACUUCCUGCGAGAACGAGGCCGAAAAGUAAACACAAAUCGAGGUGGAAGCAUUUUUUUCUCUAGCUUUGAAAUGUGCAAAUUUAGCUGGUCAGCAACUGUCUCCUAAGGCUUGUCCGGUUUAAGAAAACCAAUAACGGUGGACUUAGAAAGAAGAAAAGACACCAAGAAUCGGAGGUGUUGCGCAGACAACAUGGAGACUGUGUGUUUCCGGCUACCGGGACACGGGGACACGACCCUGAAGCACAUGAACUCACUAAGGUUCCGCCAACAUUUCUGUGACAUCACCAUCGUGGCGAGCAACAACCAGACAUUCAAAGGUCAUAAGGUGGUGCUGGCUGCCUGCUCGCCCUUCCUGAGAGAUCAGUUUCUCCUCAACCCCUCCUCCAGGCUUCAGGUGUCAGUGCUGUACAGCUCCUCGGUUGUGUGUGAUUUGCUACAGUCGUGCUACACUGGCAUGCUGCAGUUCAGUCCUGAGGAGAUUGUCAACUACCUGACCGCUGCUAGCUACUUCCAGAUGGAGCAUAUCGUGGAGCGCUGCAGAGGGGCACUAGAGAAAUAUGUGCAACUAAAGAACCCCAGUCUGCAGAAAGAGAGUGAAGAGGAAAGUCAGGCCCGACCAGUUAUGCUCAGUGCCAAUGUUCAUUCUGUUGCGUCGCCUCUGACCACUCGACCCUCCCCCAUGGAGCAGUGCAGCCCUGCGGUAAUAACCCUGGAGGAAGAAAACAGCGAAACAUCUGCUCAGGACAGCACUCAACAGAACAGUGACAGCCCAGUGCUGGAUGAGGCUGACAUUAAGGGUGAGGAGGAAGAGACCAGGCCGGAGGACUACAAUGUGUUCAGAGUUUAUAUCCCAGGGGACGAGCUGACAAACAGAGGCGGGGAGGAUGACAAAGGAGAUUCUGCUGAUCUUCCUCAGGAUGUGUGCUAUCCAGAGACGGACAGAAUAUUCAUUGCGGGAGACGGCAGCGAGUGCGACUUGGACGUGGCGGAGGAUCUGAGUUUCGGGGGCCUCCGUGCUUUCAGGCGAAGACUCUCUGAGCCUAAAAUUGGCCGUGGCAGAGGGAGAGGCAGAGGCAGGGGAAGGGGAUUCAAAAAGCGAAAGUGGGCAUCAUCUCAAGAGAAAAGGCCACCAAAUAUAGCUCACCGUCAGGAUCUGUGGUACGCCACAGCUGCUGGACUGGGAGGGGGGUUUGGGCUGGACUUCAGCCAAGAGGAGCUGAAGACAGCAGGAAGUUAUUUAGUUGAAAUUCCCCGGUUAGACUUCAGUUUGAGCAGUGUUCACAGUGAGAAGGUUUCCCCUAUGAAUCAGUUCUCCCUGGAAGAGCCUGGUGCUGGUGAAGGGAGUUCAGGGUUGAACGCUGUUGGAACAAACGAGGGAGGGGAUGAGUCUGUCGCUGUGGUGGGUUCUACUUCCAGUGUCACCGGGCCUGUAAUUUGCGAGCACUGUGGCCUGACUUUCCCCUCAGCUCACUCCCUGGCUGUCCAUUCCCGCUCCACCCACCUGCUGUACGUCUGCCCCUGCUGCGGGAAGCAUUUCCACCACUCCACCAACCUCACCCGACACAUGGCCGUGCACCGAGGAGCCGCCAAAGCCCACCAGUGCCCCCUGUGCUACAAGACGUUCACCCAGAAGUCCACGCUGAUAGACCACAUGAACCUCCACAGCGGAGAGCGACCACAUCGCUGCGCCUACUGCCACGCCCGUUUCGCCCACAAGCCUGCCUUACGACGCCACCUGAAGGAGCAACACGGCAAAACCACCGGGCAGAACUCCCUGCACGAGCAGGAGGAACAGGAGAGGGCGAGAGAAGCUGCAGGAAGAGAACAGGAGAAGGAUCAGGAAUGUCUGGUUUCUGAACAACUGUCAUGAGCCAAAAAAUAAACUUUUCCUUAUUUCGUUACGUUACAAACACAAAUUUGACUGUAUUUUAUUGGGAUUUUGUGUGAUAGGCCAACACAAGGUAGAGUACAAUUGUGAAAUAGAAGAAAAAAAAUUACACAUGGUUUAAAAAUGUCUAAUAAUGAAUCAUGUGGCGUGCAUUUGUAUGCACCCCCUUUACUCUGAUUCCCCUGAAUAAAAUCCAGCAUCAACUAUAAGUCAGGUAGUACAGUCCACCUGCGGUAAUUUAAUCAGAGUAUAAAUACAAAUGUUCUUUAACGGUAAACAGCAUCAUGAAGACCAAGGAACACCGCAGACAGGUCAGCGAUGAAGAUGUGGAGAAGUUUAAAGCAGGGUUCGAGUAAAAAAAAAAAAACAGUCCAUGCUAAUGUUCUAUCCAUCAGCUCUGGAGGAGCUGCACAGAUCCUCAACUUAGGUGGAGGAAUCUGUUGACAGGACAACUGUCAGUAGUGCACUCCCUAUGAAAGAGUGGGAAGAAGAAGAAAGCCAUGAGAAGUGCCUUCUGUAGUUUGCCACAAGCACUGUAGACAGAAAAAGUAGCGAGGCUUGAAUGUUGUCUCCAGAUGUUCUCAAUCCAAUCUUACUGAGCUAUUUCACAAAGAAUGGGGAAAAUUCUUUAGAUGCACGACUACACUUUUUAAGAUUUUCAUAAAACAUCUUAUUUUCCCACAAUUAUUCACUUACUUUGUGAUGGUCUAUUGCAUAAAAUUCCCCUCAAAUACAUCGAGGUUUAUGGAUCCAACUUGAAAUGUGGAAAAGACUGAAGGGACAUGAAUUAUUUUCCAAGGAGUGUCGUCCUGAAGGCUCACUGGCUUACUGCAGUCAGUUGGAUUUGCUCUUCAGUCAGUCACGGUGACAUUGUUGAUCUUAAGAAAGUGCUAAAACAUUCAAAUGCCUUCAGAUGUUUACUGCCAAACAACUCUUAACUACGUGUCUAGUGUGAAAAUGAACAGACGGUGAACAUGCAAUAUAUAGGGUCUUUGGCUGGUUCAAACUGUAGCUCGUAGCUGUUUUACUUCAUAUGAAUAAAGUGUAACAGUGAACAUAAAUUUCUGAAACUCCCUGAAGCCAAAGAGGAUUAUUCUACCAGUACAUGUUUUUUUAACAUCUCUGAAUUUCUUGUCAGAUAUUUUCUGUUUUGGGUUUGAGGGAAAUAUUUUGUAAUGUGUCCUGUAACUAAAAAAAAAAAAGGAAAAAAUAAUAUCAUGUCCUGUUUUUAUGUAAAUAUUUGUACUGUAAUGGUUUAUUGGUGAGUCUCCUUUCAAACCGUUCUUCUGCUGCAUAAAGAGGGUUGAUCAAACACGCGAUCUGGAUAUCAGUUUGAAACAAGGAGCACUGCACAGGAAAUAAACCUGGGAGACACUUGGGAA